AAGACACACAAAGGAGAAGCCCUAAGUCCUUAUUUGAGAAAUCUGAGACAACGAGGCACAAGCUUAUUUUGAAAAUUUAAUUAUGUUGAAAUCUAGAAUGAAGACGCACUACCACCUUGGUCUAUGUCUCCUUGCAAUAUCUGUCUUUGUCACCAAUACCCAAGCAGAAGAGGAUACCAUUAUAGAAACAAAACAAGGGAAGGUUAGAGGUUUUUACUUACCAGUGCCUUCAGGAUCAGUUAUAGCAUACCUAGGAAUACCAUAUGGUGAAGCACCUAUUGGUGCUCAGAGGUUCAAAAAGCCAGAGCCACGGAAACCAUGGCAAGGGAUUCAUGAAGCCACUAAAUAUGGAAAAUCCUGCUAUCAGACAAGAGAUGAAGCUUCGGCAGCAUUCCGUGGCACAGAUAUGUGGCAAGUUAACAAUGAAAUGAGUGAAGAUUGUCUGCACUUGAAUGUCUGGGUUCCAUCAACCAAGCCUAAGUCCGCGCAAGUUAUGGUCUUCAUUUAUGGUGGGGCCUUCCUCGCCGGCACUUCAUCUUUAGAUAUAUAUGAUCCAAGUAUUUUAGUCUAUUCUGAAGAGGUUAUUGUGGUAUCUAUGAACUACAGAGUUGGAGCUCUGGGGUUUUUAGCAUUACCAGGAAACAUAAAUGCACCGGGUAAUGCUGGUUUAUUCGAUCAGAGAUUAGCCUUACAGUGGGUUUAUGAGAACAUUGCGGCCUUUGGAGGGAAUCCUAACACCAUAACUCUUUUUGGGCAUAGCUCUGGGGCAGCUUGUGUGGGCUUCCACCUUCUUUCUCCAGGAAGUCAAAAUUAUACUAAGAGGGCCAUUGUCCAAAGUGGUUCCGUCAGUGCACCGUGGGCUAUCAAUUCUCAUAAAAGAGCCAGAAGGCUGACAUUAAAGUUAGCUGAACUACUGGAAUGUCCUACCGAUGAUGAUAAUGCAAUGAUAGCUUGUCUUAAAAAGGUAGACCCUAAGGAUAUUGUCAAAAAACAGGUUUUAUCUGAGACCGAGCAUCCCUAUGCUCUUACGCGUAUUAUACCUGUUGUUGACUAUGACUUUCUGAGUGACACUCCUAAUAAUUUAUUAAAGCAAAGCAUUAGGGAAAUAGAUGUUUUAUUGGGAGGGACCAAAGAUGAUGGAAACCCAUUUCCUAUAUGGGGGGCACCUGGAUUCAGCAGAGAGCACGACAGUCUGAUUACCACAUCACAACUAGUGGAAGGGCUGGUCAGAUACUUCCCAUCGGCUGGUGAUCUUGGAGUGGAAUCCAUUAUAUUUGAAUAUAAAGACUGGGAAGACGAGGAUUGCCCUGAGAAAAACCGCGGGGCCAUGGAACUCAUUUUACGAGACUAUUACAUGAUCUGCCCUAUGAAGUAUUUUGCCGAGGAAGUUUUCAAGCAAAAAGCUAAAGUGUUCUUUUACAUAUUUGACCAUCGCUCUUCUCAAGAGGUCUGGCCUGAACGGAUGGGAGUUAUCCAUGGAGCCAUACUACCAUUUAUGUUUGGAAAACCACUAAUUGCAGAUAGGAAUUUCACUGAAGAAGAGAAAUCUUUGAGUAAAAAUAUCAUGAAAUUCUGGGCCAACUUUGCAAGACAUGGAACACCUCAUGGUGACAGUGAAAAAGACUUCAUUUGGCUUCCUUACAAAAAAGAAGAAGAAAAAUAUGCAGUGCUGAAAGCAAGCAACUGGGAGAGCCACCAAAAACUGUACUCUCGCCGAUGCCAGUUUUGGAAUUCCUACCUCCCAAAACUUGUGAGAAAAUUAGGAACAAGUGGCGAUGGAAAUCUAUGGAAUUAUGAACAGAAAUAUGACCCAGGAUGCCAGAGAGAGAAGUAUCUAGGAGAAGAGCUGGAUUCAUGCAAAUCACAUCUGAACUGAAAUUAUUACGCAAAGUGUACAAUCCAUUAUUUACAGAGCUUGUGUAAUUUAAGCCUACGCUUUAAUAAAAGAUUAACAACA